AUGUUUAAGCUUUAAAAGCAAGAAUAAUCUCCAUAAAAUAUACUACAAAGUUAGCAAUCUACCAAGUCUUCAUCUAGCAUACUUAACAGAUGGGGCUCAUCAAAGAAUGUUAUUUAGAACAUAGCCUUACAAAAUCAAUAGAACAAACUAGAAGCUUUGAAGGGAUCUCACUCAAAGAAUUUUUCGCAUUUUAAUGGUUAGAAUAACAACGCAACUCCAGCUGGAGGGGUUGCGACUUUGCCUGAUAAAUUAUUUACUAGGUAAAUCAAUAUUUCGUAAUUUUAUCAUAGGGAUUCAUCAAUGUCCUCCUUCUUGACUAGAGGAGAAUAGAAAAAAGACCUGUUACCACCUCUCGACGAGAGAUUGAAGAGCCGAAAUUCGACUAAACUAAGAAUACAACAUUAUAUGGGCUCGCUGGAUGAUGCCUUAUUAUAAUAAAAUGCAGGUCCAAAGACGCAAAUUUUGAUGUAAAACAAUUUCUUAAAGCCUCCCUCAAGUCUUGUAAACCCAAUUCUCACCUAGAAGAUAGACAAAACGAAGAAACUUACAAACAAUAACUCCCGCUCCUAAGCGAGACUUGAUCCUAUCCCCAAAUCUUACCUUAAAUCCAGAGCCUCUGUCUUCGAAGAAUUAAAAGGAAGAGAUUCAUUUUCAAGAGAAUCUAACCAAGACACCCUUGAGUGUGGUAUCUAAAACCUUUUUGAAGGCAGCAAUAAAAGCCAUUAUUAUACCAUUAAACAAACUAUGAGGAAGUCUAAACUUUCUUCACCAAUCUUAGACGUCUCUGGUGGUCAAGGCACAUCGCUAAGUGCACCAAAACCAACUCAAGCUAAAUAAUUUUUCAAUACAAUCAGUAACACAGACAUUAAUAAUAUUAGCUAAUAGAUAUAAAAGGAUUAAAUAUCUUUCAAAUAUGGAUAGCAUACUAUCGCUGGCAAAUCCGGCGGCAAAUCUAAGAUCAAUUAAGAUAGAUUGUUGUACAACUCUGAUUACUUUUUGGAAUCUAAAGUUUGUAAACUCUUAAUUGUAGCAGAUGGGCAUGGUCCAACUGGAAAUCACGUCAGUGAGUGCAUUAUACAAAUUCUCCCUAAAAUACUUGAAACCGAGCUUGUGGCUGUUAUUUAAUCCUUCAACACCAUUGAUGAGUCAACUUUACUUCAGUCAAGCAAAUAUCACCUAGAUAUCAAGACAGCCUUGCAAAAAGGAUUCAAGAGAUUGAACACUCAAAUGAAUGGUCAAGAUUUCGAUGUUUUACUAAGCGGUUCCACUUUGACUGCUAUUGUAAUUAUGAGUGACUUUAUUUACUCAGCCAACGUAGGUGACUCGAAAGCAAUCCUCCUCAAAUCCAAAAGGUCUCCUUUUGCCAAUUCUUAUCAAGAUAAAGCUUUCGAGGGCGAGCCAUUCCAAAUGUCUGUUGAUCAUAAACCUUAUGAUUACCAAGAGAGAGCAAGAAUAGAAAAAAUGAAAGGUGAGGUCAGGCAAGCUUAAAAUAAAAAUGGUAAUCCUUCUGGAACAUACAGAGUUUGGAUUAGGGAAAAGGAAUUUCCAGGUCUUGCAAUGAGCAGAUCAAUCGGCGAUAAACUAGCUCACACAGUUGGAGUAAUUCCAACUCCAGAUGUGACUAUUUACAAGAUUAAUAGAGAUGACUAUGAGUAUGUCAUUGUUUCUGCCAGUGACGGUAUUUGGGAUGCACUCGACAAAUACCAAGUCAGAGACUACAUAUAACUAAAUAGAUUUUAAUCAGAACCACAAAUUCUAUGCCAAUAGUUGGCAAACAUUGCCAAGGAGAAAUGGCUGUCCUGGGAUAUGAAUACAGUAGACGAUAUCUCAAUACAAAUUCUUGAAAUAGUAUGA